AUGUCUGUCCCUGCUAGACCUUCCUGCCGCAAGUUUACUGGCAUGCAGGACGCUUCUGAAUGGAUGGAAGAUUAUAGCUGUGCACUCGAUGCCGUCGGCAUUGCAAUAGCCUCCCGCCAUAUAUGCUUUAGCCGCUCUCUUGCAGGCACUGCAUUACAGUGGUUUUUCGACUUACUGUACAAUGAGAAGCUUUCUUGGCAAAAGCUCAAAUCCGCAUUUUUGACCAGAUGGUCCCGCAACUUUCCGCAUACCACGCCCGCAGUAAUUGUUAUGCCUCUUAACGCCUCUUACUCUGUCUAUUCCGAGCGCUCCGCACAAGAUCUCGCAAGGGAACAGAAGGCUGUGCUCAUACGAGCUGGAACUAUGGUUGCCCCCAUCCAUCUUUACAGAGACCGCAGCUUCCAGACUGUCUCCGUUGCAGCGAAGACUUACAUAACAUGCGGUACACAAACUGAGACAGUCAACACUGUCAGUCCACGACCAGUGCCUACUAACGGCAUGAGCCCUGCUCAGUCAUUUAACUGGGCAGAUGAUGUUGAUUCAAACUGUUCUAUUCACAUUCCCCACUCAACCAACACUUCCAUCCACGACAACCACGCGAUUUUUCUGUUCUACAGAGCUCAAACACCAACCCAUGGUCUAGUCUUCAGCGCCGUCACCGUCGGUCAUCAGAUCAAUGCAGUCGGAGCUUCCCGCAGCAAGCACAGCCCCAGCCUGACUUCGAACUGCCCAAGGUAG